AUGGCGCUAGACCUGGAGCCCACAUAUCACUUUCGCUUCCACCCAGUGCACAAUGCUGGUUUGAAGCAUGCCAAAAAGUUGACAGAAGAGUCGUCACGUAUGCUCGAAGAGGUCCUUGAGGAGAAUCAUAACAACCAUCAUAUUUUCACCACGACAGAGGAUCACAAGGGGGUAUACUUCCACAAUCACAUCGCCCACCAUGAUAUCACGAUCUGGGCGCUGGGAGCCAACCCAGAAACAAUUCGGUCCCAGCACGACCGCAACAGCCUCUACCAACGAGAAGCCAUGACAAUCCAAGAAACCCUCGUUGACGACAUGAGCGAUCCACUAGUUUUCAAGCGGUGCCUAGGACGAGAAGAGAACUUCCUGAAUUUCUGUCGCUUUUUCGAAGACGAGAUAAACCGCAUCGGCUACCAAGAAGUGCUGCAACAGUACCUCGUCAACGGGACCGCCGUGGCAGACGAUAUCCUGUGUCGCUAUGUCCACGGCAUCAUCCACAUCGGCAUGGCCAUGGAGUUCAAGCAAGCCAGGCUCCUAGCAGAAGGCUUCGCCCAAGCCUGUGUCCACCACGACUGGUGGUACACGCAGUAUCUGACCGGGGCGGAAAAGCUCUCAAAAGAACAAGUUGAGCCGGCGCUCCCACUCAGCGCAUGCGUCGAUCUCGCGCGAGCAACGGAGAAAAUCCGCAACUGCUCCAGCCCGUACUACCACAUGCAGACGCGCAAAGUGACAGGCGAGAUGUGCCUGGAUCUUGAGCCGGCACGCGAUGGCGUGCUGAAGAAUGCCGGGCCUGAGCUAACCAGAGUCGCUGCUCGGUAUCGCGUUGAUCCGAAUGAUUUGGAACGGGCUACAGCUGAGCUCCAGAACACAGCAGUCUACCUAACUGCCGGAGCCCAACGACCCCCGUAUGCCUGCACAUUUGACUUCUUCCUCCUGCACGCCGUAACCUCCAGCAUCGGCCACACAAUGUUCCUCGCCGAGCCGUCUCUGACCAACAAGCAGAAGGCCCGACUCCUCGAGUACACAGGACGGGUAUACCUAAUGUCCUACGCAGGCCAAGGCUGUCCAGAGAUCCGACUCGACUGGCUCGCCUCCCACCCCUCCAAGCUCCCAAAUCAAGGCUGGGACGAGGUCUUCGAGAGAGCAUGCUACCACGAGGACGACGGACACAUGUGUAAGAUGAUCAGGUGUUUUGCGCACGCGCAAGAUACCUCGAGACCGUACGAUCAUCUCCCCGAGUUCCGCGUUAAGCAGCCUUUGUUCCUGACGGCGGGGAUUGCGGCUAUUGAUUCCGCGAGCGCGCAGCCUAUGGAUGGGACGAAGCACUUUGAUUUUAUUCGGGGUGCGGGAUUCCCUGAGGCUUGGGAACGGUUUCCGCAUCGGGAGCAGGCGGCUGUUAGGGCUCAUCUGUGA